UAGCCUGACUGUGUUUCUGUGUCUUCAGGAUGUGAUGGCAGUCAGCAGUUCAACUGAAAAAACUCUGCCAUUCCCCAUCAUCGCUGACCACAACAGAGCGCUGUCCAUCGAGCUGGGCAUGCUGGACCCCGAUGAGAGAGACAGCGAUGGGCUGCCCCUCACUGCUCGCUGCGUCUUCGUGAUUGGCCCUGACAAGAAGAUGAAGCUGUCCAUCCUCUACCCCGCCACCACAGGAAGGAACUUUGAUGAGUUGCUCCGAGCUAUCGACUCUCUGCAGCUCACGGCACAGAAGAAGGUUGCCACACCUGUCGACUGGAAGCUUGGUGACAAAGCCAUGGUCAUUCCUUCACUCUCUGAUGCUGAAGCUGCUGCUCUUUUCCCAAACGGCGUGACCACUAAAGAGGUGCCUUCUGGGAAGAAUUACUUGCGCUACACCCAGCCCUAAAGAAACACUAGGGACGAAAAUCUUUGUAUAGAUUACUACUCUUUGAUAAAUGGAUAUCAUUGGAUGAUAACACUUAAAACUGACCAAAAGCAUAUAUUCACCAAUUUGGAAGUUAAUGUCAUGCUGCGUUACUAGCUAUGAACAGAGAUGAUAUACGGUCUCAUUUUAAAGUGCCUUGUUUCAAUCAAUAAACACACUUUUCACAUAA